AUGUUCUGGCGUACCAAGAACCCCUAUGCACCCGCCGGCAAACACUGCUAUGUCACCGGUGGUACCCAAGGUCUCGGGAAAGCCCUCGCCAUCAGUCUGGUCAAACAAGGAGCCCACGUCACUAUCGUAGCGAGGGAUGCAGACCGAGGGGAGGCGGCCGCGAAAGAACUACAAGCUCUUGGGAAAUCAACCCAGAUCAUACAGUUCAUCUCUGCCGACCUCUCCUCGGCAGAUGAAUCCGACCGAGCGUUGCGCGAUGCGCUGGUGCCGCAUCAAGGUCUUGCGCCGGAAUACACUUUUCUUUGUGCGGGUUUUGCGCAACCAAAGUAUUUUGUGGAAUAUACGAAAGAAGAGAUCCAAUCGACAAUGUCCGGCAACUACCUCACCUCAGCAUACACAGCCCACUCCCUCCUCUCCCUCCUCAUAACCCAGCACCGCCACGGCCGCUUAACAUUCGUAUCCUCCUUCGCCGGCCUCACCUCCUACGCGGGCUACUCUACCUACUCGCCCUCCAAAUUCGCCGUCCGAGGACUCGCGGACGCGCUCCGAUCAGAGAUGCAGUUGCAUGAUGGGAUACGGGUGCAUUUGUUUGUGCCGUGUGGGAUUUUGAGUGAGGGGUAUGAGAGGGAGAUUAAGACGACGCCGGGGAUUACGAGAAAGAUUGAGGAGGCGGAUACGCCGCUUGUGCCGGAAAAGUGUGCGGCGGCUUUGGAGCUUGGCCUGAAGAAGGGGCACUACCAAAUAACAGACAACGUCCUCACCGACAUCGUCCGUCUUCGUACAAACGGCGGUGUACCAUCCAACAAUUUCAUCUUUGAUCUCUUCUUCUUGUUCCUCUCCACUUUUGCAGUCCCGAUCUGGAGGAUGAUGUGCGAUUCGACAGUCCGCGCUGCGCGGAAGACUAUCCAUCAAGAAUACGCCCAGAGAGGGUUCUUUCAAGGAUCGGGUACGGGUUCUGCUGUCUAG